AUGAAGCUUUCCACCCCUGUUCUUGCUGCUGCUGCCGCCGGCGUUGUUGCUGCCGAUGACACAACCAGCCCUACCUUGGUCACCAUCACCAACUUCAUCACCAACAACGACAGAACCUACACCAGAACCGCCACCCAGACCUACACCGGUCAGGACACCACCACCCCCACCAGUGGCACCUACACCGAAACCAUGUACAGAGGCGGUGACCCAUUCAGAACCAUGACCUACACUUAUGGUGAGGACACCACUGUGGUUACUUCCAAGAUUGUCACUGGUCCAGAGAGAACCUACACCAGACCAUGGUCGCGUACGAUGCACACAACCGAGGCUGAAGCGUACAAGUCGUCCAAGGCCGAGUUCAACUCCAAGGUUCAGGCUGAAAUGGACGGUGGUGGUGAGGGUCACCCAUACGGAGGUGACGACUGGGAUGACAGUGACUCUGACGACGACGAGACCACCUCUGCCAACGCCGCCGCUAGACUCGGCUUGGGCUCUGGCGCUGUGGCGCUUGCUGCUGUUUUGCUUUUGUAA